GUCAGAGUCACAGAGCGGUGUGAGUGCGGAGCUUGAAAGGAAUCAAUUCAUAUGAAAGUUCCAUCUUCAUCUAAUAUGUUUAAAAUUUCACAAUUUGGCUAUGGCGUUUUUGUGUUGGUGGUUUAUUUCUUUGUGUUGGUGGUUUAUAAAGCAUCCUCUUCCCAACCUGGUUGUAUGGAUGUUUGUGAUCCCCAAAGAAAGCCUGCAACACAUAAGCGACUUUGUGUGGAUAAAAAAGGGCAUGAAUGCUUCAGCACUUAUCAAAUGUCCAGUCUUACACGGAUGUGUACUUUAAUAAUGGAAAUAAGUCAUAUCCAGCAGUGCAUCGAUUUAUUCUCAAGACAGGUGUCAUUUUCAUUCACAUGGAACACAACCUGCAAACAUCCUGAUUUGUCGUCUGGAUUACCAGAUUGCGCCAUCAACAUCCUGCAGCCAUAUGUUAACGACGGCAAAGAAAUACUUCUAAUAGAAUGUGUGGCUCAAUGGACCUUUAUUAGCAUGACAAAUCAUACCACUGCUAGUAAAAAUAAAGACAUAACCAACACCCGAUGCAUUGCGGGAGAAUGUGAUUGUGAAAACAUUAAACAUACUUCUGUAAAUAAUAACCUGAUCUCUGUUGAUGUAUCUAUCAGAAAAUGUAAAGGAAAGGCAAAAACAAAAAUGACUGGUCAGCAGUUGCAUUCCAUAAUAAACACAUUUCACAACAUUACCAAGCAGGGACCUCAGAAAGUGAUCCUAGACAGCAUCAAAGGCUCAGUGACAUCACAAAAGAAGAACAAUUUGCUAAACUUUAGAAUGGCUCUACCCUCCACCAAUAAUGCCACGUUGGAGGAGAUGGAUGACAUUUGGUUGGAGAUUCCUACUGAGGCUUUGAAUGCUAUUCUGGGACACACGAAAGAGGAAGUUAACCUGGGAGCAUUUUGGUUUGAGGAUGACAGCCUCUUCCCGGUGGAGGAGAACAACACUGAGCUCCUAAACAGUCGAGUGGUAUCCGUCGAUGUGGGAGAGGACAUCUCAGACCUCAGGAGCUAUAUGAAGAUAACGUUCCUCUUCCAGAAUGCAUCACUGGAAAACAAAUCACUAGCAUGUGUGUUCUGGGAUCUUGAAAAUGAUACUGUUGCACAUUGGAAUUCCUCUGGAUGUGUCACUGAGACAAAGGAAAAUAAAACAGUAUGCUCUUGUAACCACCUUUCAUUCUUCGCUGUACUUAUGUCUCCGGGCAGUGGCUCCAAUGCCAGUCUGAGCUCCUCCUCUGUGUGGUUGCUGACGUUGUUGUCCAGGGUGGGCUGUGGAAUAUCCCUCUGUUUCCUGUGUCUGGCUCUCCUCAUCCACCUCAGAAGGGGUAAAUCUGAUGAUUCCCUGUGCAUCCACAUCCACCUGUGCGUGGCGCUGCUGUGCCUCAACCUAACCUUCCUCGUCAACGACAGCCUAGCCUCUCUUGGUGUCCAUGGCCUGUGUGUUGCUACGGCAGCAGCCACCCACUACUCCCUGCUGUGCACCCUCACCUGGUUCUCCAUGGAAGGCUUCCACCUCUAUCUGCUCAUCAUCCGGGUUUUCAACAUCCACGUCAACAGAUACCUCCUCAAACUGAGCCUGGUAGGAUGGGGAAUACCUGGCAUAGUAGUUACCAUAAUUGUUGCUUGUGGCAAAUAUGGAGAAUACAGAUUAUACCUGCAAGACGGUGGUGCUGUUAAAAUGUGCUGGCUGACUGACUCUGCUGUGACCACGGUGUCCUUCUCGUACUUCGUGCUGACAUUCGUGGUGAACACGCUGUGCUUUGGGUCUGUGACAGUGAAGGUGGUGAGGGCCCACCGUCAGAGUCCUGUCCUGAGGGAGAGGGGUAUGAACAGGGGGACAGUGCUCAGUCUGCUGGGUCUGGCCUGGCUCCUGGGAGUCUCCUGGGGGGUCAUGCUCUUCCAGUUUGGCCCCCUGAGGGAGACAGCCUUCUACAUCUUCUGCACCAUCAACUCUCUCCAUGGCCUCUUCCUGUUUCUACGCUAUUGGGCUUUAACUCGGGCAGAGAAGGCAUCUAUCUCCAAGGCAACCACUGUAUCUUCUUGAACUGAGAUGCAUCCAGCUGAGAGGCCAGUCCCUGACUAACACGGUUAAACCUUUUACUACUAAUACCACUGCUUCCAUUUUAUUACCACAGAAACACAAUAUUUAGUAUGUUGGUUUAUAACUUUCACUAUAGGCAAACCUAAACAUACAUUAUAAAGCGUAAUUACAAAAUGAAAACUUGUUUCCAGGUUUGCACGUAAGCUUACUGUGCUCAUAAUACUUUUUUUUCUCCAAAGUUGUACUGUUUAUUGCACUUUGUGUGCAUUUUGUUGUAUUUUGUGACCCACCUUCCAUGCAUAUUCAGUUUUGAUGUGUAUAGUCCUAGGCAAACGGGGAACACAUCUAUUAGGUUCAAAUUAUUUUCAUCUCUGAAAAUAUUCAAAUCCGUUUGGAUACCCAAUUUUUCACUCACCAUCGUGCACGAGGGUAAGAAGGAGUGGUCGACUGUGAAUUGGUGCCUUUCUGUUUCUUUGAUUGUUAUCAAAAACCCUCUGAAAGAUAUGCCCUUUUUUUAGUCCAUCUUGGAGAAUUUUGAAUUUCCCUUUGGUUUUUGCAGAAUAGCCAUACAGUAUAUAGCCUCCUAGCCUAUGGGCUACCUGAGAGAACAUUAGGCCUACAAGUAGAUAGUACCUUAGCAUAACACCAUAUUUGCAGGGAUGGGAAUUCAAUGUUUAGAAAUUAACAUUUUUAGAUUGUGUAAACUUUUUCUUUGUGACAAAUAAUUUAUGUAAAUAAUAAUUCCAUAAUAAUUUGAAAGGGGGAGAUGCCUCACAAGCCUCUCUGGGGUUUUCUACCUCUCCUGCAAAUGCUCUUUUUGUUUUCCUUUUACUUUGUGAUCAUAUUGUUUUGUAUUUUUUUUUAAGAAAUAGCUAGCCUAUAGGCCUACUGUGUCAUUGACAUUGAGGGGGUUCAAUUGAAACCUAUGACUACUUUCACCCCUCCCAAACAUCAAAAUCAUUAUUGCUACCUUUUGGAAGACGAGGUAAAGGUUUAGUGUGAACAGAAUUAAAAAAUGAAGAAGCCCAUCCUGAGCAAAGAGGAGCUACAAUCUCUGAAAAAGCUACAGUCAGAACCAACCAUUGCAAUUCGACAGGCGAAUUUCUAACACAAUUGUUUGUUUCUGAAUUCAAAAUACAAUUGUCAGACCAACACUUCUACAUGCCACUGCCCUCUGACCCCAUUUCCACCUAUAAUGAACAGAUCAAAGAGACAUUGUUUGAAGGAGUCAAUCGUAACAUCAUAGAUGAAAAAGCACAAGCAUUUUUGUAUGUCCCACACACCUGCACCCCCCUGUACUACAUGGUGCAUAAGCGACACAAGAAUCUGGACGACCCUCCGGGCAGACCCAUUGUGUCAGAGAUUUGGAGCAGAACU